CAUAACACUAAUUUCAUGCAUAAAUAGACGACUCUCGUAAUGUUUAGACAUCAAUACAUUCUACAGUUUUCCCAUCCAUUGAGCGCAAUCUUUCCUUCUCGAAUGGGUUCCCUUGAAUUUGAGCACGAACUCAAUGACAUUUCCUCCUUCGAUAACCAAUCAUUGAAUCCACUAGACCCAGAAGAGUUUAGGAGGCAAGGACAUAUGAUGAUAGACUUCCUUGCUGAUUACUAUCAUAACAUUGAAAACUUUCCAGUUCUUAGCCAAGUCGAACCCAAUUAUCUCCGAAAAUGCUUACCAGAAUCCGCUCCACACAAUCCUGAACCAAUUGAAAAAAUCCUCCAAGAUGUGCAAAACCACAUAAUGCCAGGCAUCACACAUUGGCAGAGUCCCAACUUCUUUGCUUACUUCUCUGCAACUUGUAGUACUGCAGGUUUUCUUGGUGAAAUGUUGAGUUCAGGCCUCAAUGUGGUGGGAUUCAGCUGGAUAUCAUCCCCUGCAGCAACAGAGCUCGAAAGCAUAGUCAUGGAUUGGCUCGGAGAAAUGCUUAACCUCCCAAAAUCCUUCCUUUUCUCUGGCAAUGGUGGAGGUGUUAUACAAGGAACUACUUGCGAGGCAAUUUUAUGCACACUAAUAGCAGCAAGAGACGAAAUGUUGAAAAAAAUUGGUAGAGAUAAGCUAGGGCAGCUUGUCGUUUACGCAUCUGAUCAAACACAUAGCGCGCACCAAAAAGCUGCCCAAAUCGCCGGAAUCCACCCAGAAAAUUUCCGAGCCAUCAGGACAACAAAAGAAACAUUGUUUGGUUUAUCCCCUGAAAUGGUGAAACUGACAAUAAAAUCAGAUGUAGAAGCAGGACUGAUUCCGUUGUUUCUAUGCACAACAGUGGGUACAACAUCGACAACAGCCGUCGAUCCAGUUAGGCAAUUAUGCGAUGUCGCGAAGGAAUAUGGAAUUUGGGUUCAUGUGGAUGCUGCUUAUGCAGGGAGUGCGUGUAUAUGCCCUGAAUUUCGACAUUUUUUCGACGGUGUAGAGGGAGUAAACUCAUUCAGUCUAAACGCCCACAAAUGGUGCUUCACUCCAUUGGACUGUUGUUGUCUUUGGGUGAAAGAUCCAGGUGCUCUUACAAGGUCUCUGUCAACAAAUCCCGAGUAUCUAAGAAACAAGGCUAGCGAUUCGAGGCAAGUAGUGGACUACAAGGACUGGCAGAUCACUCUAAGCCGUAGAUUUCGAGCUUUAAAAUUGUGGCUCGUACUAAGAAGCCAUGGUGUCGCUAAUCUCCGAAGCCUAUUAAGAGCCCAUGUCGAAAUGGCUAAGCUUUUUGAACAACUUGUGUAUGGUGACAGUAGAUUUGAGAUUCCAGUCCCCAGAAACUUUGCAAUGGUAUGCUUUCGGGUUUCUCCAGAGACAGUUGCUGAGAAAGUCUCGAAGAAAAAGGUUGUGACAGAUGAAGAAGAAAGUGUGAAUCAAUUCAAUGAGAAAUUAUUGGAGUCGAUUAAUGCAUCAGGAAGGAUAUACAUGACACAUGCUGUUGUUGAUGGAGUGUUCGUCAUACGUUUUGCUGUUGGUGCAACCCUGACAGAGGGAAGGCAUGUGACAAUGGCUUGGCAGGUGGUGCAAGAGCAUUUAGAUAAAAUAUAAGUGGAUUAGUUUCUAAAUUUGCUACUGUUGUCGUUGUUAUUGCUGCUCUUCUUCUUGUUGCAAUUUAUGAAUUU